AUUCUUUCUAGUAAUUGAAGAUCUGAAUCUAUCCAUGGAGGACCGCAAGGAGAACGAUGUGGGAUGGCUAUCGGUACCUCAGUUUGGAGACUGGGAUCAGAAGGGGAAGCUGCCGGAUUACUCAAUGGAUUUCUCGAAAAUAAGGGAGAUGAGGAAGCAGAACAAGAGGGACAUCUCAAGAGCCAGUCUUGGAAACGAAGAAGAACUCAUAGCUUCUCAAAACAAAGAAGAACGUCAUCAUCAUCAAACCACUGAUCAUGUCCAGCUUAACCCCCACAGUCAUUCUCCAACUACGAGGAGGGGUCUUCUCAGUUUCUUCAACUGUUGUAUAAAAGCUUAGCAUGAACCGGUGGAUCCAUUUGAUAAUGUUUCCUUUCUUUGUUCAUUUAUUUUCUUGUCAUCUUUUUCUUUGCUGUUUUUUUAGUUCAGCAAAAUUAUGUGUUCUCUGGAUCAGACAGAUAUAGCCUAUAACAGCUUUCUAAUUGCAUUACCUU